UUAAUCAGUCACGCUGGGCAAGGGGCUGUCUGCCUCCAGAGGAAGCCCCUUAGUUGAGUGUGGAAAGACUAAGGAUUUGGGAUGCUCCAGGCCUGGCGAGCAUUGUGCUCCAGAGCUGGCCCCUCCACGGGGGGCUGGCAACAGCUGAGUUUCGACAGUGGUGCUUUCCGACUCAGGGGCACUGGGGAGCUGACUAGGGCACUGCUAGUGCUGAGGCUAUGUGCCUGGCCCCCACUGGUCACUCAUGGGCUGGCGCUUCAGGCCUGGUGCCAGCGACUCCUGGGUGCCCGACUCUCUCGCUUGCUUCUCAGAGCCUCCUUCUAUGGCCAGUUUGUGGCUGGCGAGACCCCAGCAGAAGUGAAAUCUUGUGUCCAGCAGCUUCAGACCCUAGGUCUCCGGCCCCUGCUGGCAGUGCCCACGGAGGAGGAGCCCGACUCGGCUGUUAAAACUGACGAGGCCUGGUAUGAGGGGAACCUCAGAGCGAUGCUGAAGUGCGUGGACCUUUCACGGGACCUUGCGGAGACCCCAGCAGGAGAGAUCCUCAUGCAGCUGAAGGUGACAGCGCUGGCCAGCACGCGCCUCUGUAAGGAGCUAACAUCAUGGAUCAAAAGGCCUGGGGCGUCCAAAGAGCUGAGCUCAGAGAGGCUGGCAGAAGCGAUGAACUCGGGGAAGGAACUCCAGGUUUCCUGCCUCAAUUCUGAACAAAACCGAUACCUGCAGGCCACUCUGGGCCGACUGCACCAAGUGGCACAGCGGGCCCGAGACCAACGCGUUAGGCUGCUGGUGGACGCCGAGUACACUUCACUCAACCCCGCACUCACGAGGCUGGUGGACGCCCUGGCACUGCGCUGGAACCACCCUGGGGAGGCCGGGCCCUGGGUGUGGAACACCUACCAGGCCUAUCUGAAGGACACGCCUGAGCGCCUGCAGCAGGCCGCAGAGGCGGCGGAGCAGGCAGGCCUGACUUUCGGGGUGAAGCUGGUGCGAGGCGCCUACCUGGAGCAGGAACGAGCUGGGGCCCGGGAACGAGGGGCCGAAGACCCCACUCAGCCCAACUACGAGGCCACCUGCCAGAGUUACAGCCGAUGCCUGGAGCUGAUGCUGAGCCAUGUGGCCCGCCGUGGCCCCCUGUGUCAUUUAAUGGUGGCUUCCCACAAUGAAGAGUCCGUGCACCAGGCGACGAAGCGCAUGUGGGAGCUGGGGAUUCCUGCAGAUGGGCCAGUCUGUUUUGGACAACUUCUGGGAAUGUGUGACCACGUCUCCCUGGCACUGGGACAAGCCGGCUACUCUGUGUAUAAGUCCAUACCCUAUGGCUCCCUGGAGGAGGUGAUCCCCUACCUUAUCCGGAGGGCACAGGAGAAUCGGGGUGUGCUGCAAGGUGCUCGCAGGGAACAAGAGCUGCUGAGCCAAGAACUUCGGAGGAGGCUGCUUGGGGGUGCCUAAAGGAAUCCUCUUAGUACCCACCCUGGGGUUAUGGGGUCAAUAAAAACUCUCAGCAGAU